CAAAUACAGGAAAAAAAAAAAAAAAAAAAACAGCUCAGAUCCUUCCUUUCUUCCUUUCUCCCCCCAUUUCUCCUUCAAAAAACAAAAAGCAAUUGCACAAGAAUCUAGAGAGAUAAACAGAUCAACACUGCUUCAAUUCAACGCUCUCUGCUGAAAAGGUUGUGGACAAAAUGGCAGGAACAACUGUUUUUACCCCAGCUUUGGAAGGAAUUAAGCUGGUCAAGUCUGAGAAUGGAGAAAUGUUGUCCAGGCCUUUCUUGGACGCGUGCAAGCACAUUCUUCCUGUUAUAGAUAAAUUUGGUGCUGCUAUGACACUCGUAAAAUCUGAUAUUGGUGGAAAUAUUACGAGAUUGGAAAACAAGUACAACUCGGAUCCAGAAAAAUUUAAGUACAUGUAUAGUAUGGUACAAGUGGAGGUUGAAAGUAAGACAGCUAAAGGAUCAUCUAGUUGUACCAACGGCCUGCUUUGGCUAACAAGAGCUAUGGAUUUCUUGGUGGAAUUGUUCCGCAAUUUACUCGAGCACCCAGAUUGGGCAAUGUCUCAAGCUUGUACUGACUCUUAUAGCAAGACCUUGAAGAAAUGGCACGGGUGGCUGGCCAGUUCAAGCUUUUCUAUUGCAAUGAAGUUAGCUCCUGAUAGGAGCAAGUUUAUGGAGGUGCUGGGGGGUGAUGCUGUCAAGUGCGACAUUGAGCAAUUUUUGACCACCUUUACUCCACUGCUUCAACAGAACCACAAGUUUUUGGCUAGUGUGGGUUUGGAUGACAUGAAAGCUUCUUAAUGCGCAAAUGAAGUUUCGUCAUUGCUGCUAAGUUAGAAUUGCAGCCAUUGACAUCUUAACAUCAGAGAAUUUGCAGACCAGAUCGAUGUUGAAAUUCCAUCUUAAUCUUAACCUUUUCGGCAGACAUACUACGUGCUCUCUUAUAUCUGUAAAGAGAUUAUUGAUUAACAGUGCCUUUGUGCCUGUUUUCAGACAAUAUAAUGUGACCCGUCAUCAAUGUAUGUUUAUUAAUCUUCGUUUAUGGUAUGCGUUUUGUCAUCCGAAACUCUGAUGAGUUGAACCUGCUAUCAGACAAUAUAAUGUGACCAAUGAAUGUUACUUUGUAUUAA